AUGCGAUGUGGUUCAUGUACUUUUGCUGCCAUACUAGUUGACAGACGAACUGUUAUUGGAAAAAUCAUAAAGGAUCGAGAUGGAGAAGUCGCAUGUCAAGAGGACUGUAUCUUCUACGAAAGUGAAAGUUUUGUCGGAUUCAUGGAGUUAUUAUACCAUGAGGAUAUCCCUAUCGAUCUAAUUACAGAACAACUUAUUGGAUGUACAUGUGAAAAUAUCUGCCGUCUAGAAAAUAAUUGUACUUGCUUAUCAAAGUCUGGAAUGUCAUAUGAUAUGAAUGGUUUACUGACUAAUUUUAUGAAUCCAGUUUUUGAAUGCAACAGUGAAUGUGUUUGUAGUCAAUCAUGCACUAAUCGAGUCGUUCAAAGAUAUUUAAACGAUGCUGAGUUUACAUUUGAAUCUGAGUACCAUACGAAAACCUAUGUAACUAAUCAUCCGGUUAUGGGUAGAGGUUUAAAAGCCGCUUGCGAAAUCCAACGUGGGGAACUUGUUUGUGUUUAUUUGGGCGAAGUAAUUCCAUAUAAAGAAGCUUGUCUAAGAGAAGCCCUUCAACUUUCAUGUUAUGGUCGCAAUUUUAUCAUGAUAAUGCGUGAGUAUAGCGACCAUCGUCUUGUGUCAGAGACAUGUGUUGACGGGAAUUCCGAAUCGUGGGGUUCAGUAAAAUCGAAAGCACGCCUAAUUAACCAUUCUUGUACACCUAACCUAACACAUUAUUUGCUAACAAAGUUAUCUUUGAGGGUACACCACUGUCAUACGAUUAUGCUCAGUCUGUGCCCAGCGACAAAAUACGACUAUCCAACACACUUUGUUUAUGUAGCUCGGACUCCUGUCGAGUAUACAUGCCUGGAGUAUAGUUCAAAAGCAUGCAGUUGUCAAAAAUAUCUUGUCAUUGUUCACUGGAUUGUAGGAAUUCUCUUUGAUCAUCGGACUUGCGGAAUGAUACUUUGUUAUUCAAGGCUACCUGUUCACAAAAUCAUGACAUUAAAAUAG